AUGGAAAGUUGCCUUGACUUUAGCUCACGGCUGAAAUUUGAGGCUGAUAUUGCUUUUAAACGAGAACACAAUCGACAAUCACCGAUUCCACGUUCACUUCUUCAGCAAGCUUCACGGUACAUACUUGACUUCGGGCAACAAGCCUGGCAGCCGGUAAUAAAGAGGCGAAGAAAGCAUCGGGCAGCAAAACCGAUAGGGAAUGCACUUCCGGUAGUUGCAACUGUGCAAUCGGUGUUGAUGAAACACCCAUAUUGCGUAAGAGCAGACAAGCACUCUUACCGUGCAGCUGGUGUACAAAGAGGGAAGGUGAAAAACUUCGUCACCUCAUUUCAUUCAUCUCGUCCAUUCACCGCAAAGAAGGAGUUCGUAAAGUAUGGAAGGCUUCAGCUCGAUGCCUACAAAGAUCCCAAACCGUACGAUCACCGAGGGCUAAUUCCACCAAAGCAACUCGGUUUACCGGAAUUUAACACCGUACUGGAGCCUGAUCCUUUGAAGUUGAAGUUUCUCAACAGAACAAGGCCUAAGAUUUGGGGUGGACUUAAUACAAGUUAUUCCACAAAAUACACUUCCUCAUCUACUAUUCCACCACUGAAGCCCCCACCGAAGUGGACAGUGGAGCUAUAUCUCGACCCGGAACCAUUUCCAUUGAGGCCAUGCGAGUUCACGCGUCACCGUCUGCAAUUUCGUGACCCCCACGAACUUUUCCUCGAGCGUGUGGAAACUGAGCUUAAUCGCCUCGGGGAGCAAAGGAAAACAAAUGGGAGAAAAAAGAAAAACGCCAAUAAGCUAUUUCCGAUGCAAAUGUAGUCAGUGCUUGAAUCGCUUUUAUUUGGGUUUAAUUCGGUUAGGUCAAAGUAACAACCGAUCACUUGAUAGUACUGACCUGUCAC